AAUUGAUCUCAGGAGAGGAAUCUGUCGGGAACAGUGUGAACUUCAGCUGCCAUGCGGUCUCAGGUGUGUGGUCAGCGCUUAUUAUGAAACCACUGAAGCGCGUCGGAGCCAAUCAAAUCUGAGCAGCACAGAAUUAGUUUUCUUUUUUUGGUAAAAUGUUCCUCCUAAUAACCACUAGAUGGCGUAAAAGGCCCACGAUCGCUGUCCGCUGGUCCCCAGAUGUACGGUGCGCUUUCUGUGGCCCCCAAUGGAGCCAGAGGAUUCCAAACUCCAGUUAAGUGGCGCACCGUCCCUCCUCCUCCUCAUAUUGAGCCCGGAGCGCAGCAAAGCGCACAGAGGGAAUCCUCUCCAUCCUGGAACGAGCUGCAUUUCAACCCCGCUUCGUCAGUCAGCGCCCCAAAACUGCUCGUGCUCUGCAGUGCAGGAGGAGGGAGGUCUAAGUGGGAGUGUGUAGGUGUGUGUGUGUGUGUAGGGGGGACAUAUCUACACAAGAGGGAGAUGGGACCGGAGGCGUCAGGUAUUCGUGGUUGAUGAGUGAAGGGCAGCGAAGUUCUUUUGCUCAUCUCGGAUCUUUCCUUCAGGACUCUGUGUGUGUGAUUGCGCGUUCAGCAUGAGUAACAUCUAUGAGUCUGCAGAGGCCACGCUGGGCUUCAUUAGUUCUCCAUGCCUGACCAAAGUGGAGCUGAGAGUGGCCUGCCGAGGGAUCUCAGACCGCGAUGCCCUCUCCAAACCAGACCCGUGUGUCGUGCUGAAGAUGCAGUCACACGGCCAGUGGUUCGAGGUGGACCGUACAGAAGUGAUCCGCAGCAGCAGUGGUCCGGUCUUCUCUAAGGUCUUUCUGGUAGAUUACUACUUCGAGGAGGUCCAGAGGCUACGAUUUGAGCUGCUCGACAUCAGCUCUGGCAACAAUGGCCUCCGUGACGCAGACUUCCUGGGAGCCAUGGAGUGCACCUUGGGACAGAUCGUCUCACAGAGGAAACUGACCAAAGCUCUACUCAAGCAAGGAAACACUACUGGAAAGUCCUCAAUAAUGGUGACAGCAGAGGAGUUGUCGGGGAAUGACGAUUACGUUGAACUCUCUUUCAGCGCUCGGAAGCUUGAUGACAAGGAUUUCUUCAGUAAGUCAGACCCUUUUCUGGAAAUUUUCAGAGUGAAUGACGAUGGGACUGAGUCGCUUGUACAUCGAACUGAGACAGUGAUGAACAACCUGAGCCCUGUUUGGAAAUCCUUUAAAGUUUCCUUGAACACUCUUUGCAGUGGUGACCAUGACAGAGAGCUAAAGUCUACAGUUUGGGACUGGGACUCCAAUGGCAAACAUGACUUUAUUGGAGAGUUUCAGACCACUUUUAAGGAGAUGAUGAGGGCAGAGCAGGAGGGCAAACAGAUCCAGUGGGAAUGCAUUAAUCCUAAAUAUCAGAUGAAGAAAAAGAAUUACAGAAACUCUGGUACUGUAAUACUCAACCACUGCAAGACCAUCAAAAUGUACUCCUUCUUGGAUUACAUCAUGGGAGGCUGCCAGAUUCAGUUCACGGUGGCCAUCGACUUCACAGCAUCCAAUGGAGAUCCGAGAAAUAGCUGCUCCCUCCAUUACAUCCAUCCUUACCAACCCAAUGAGUACCUCAAAGCACUGGUGGCUGUAGGGGAGAUCUGCCAGGACUAUGACAGUGAUAAAAUGUUCCCUGCAUUUGGUUUUGGAGCUUUGAUACCGCCAGACUUCAAGGUUUCACAUGACUUUGCCGUGAACUUUGAUGAGGAAAAUCCAGAAUGUGCUGGGAUCCAAGGCGUGGUGGAGGCCUAUCAAAACUGCCUUCCUAAAAUCCAGCUGUACGGGCCCACCAACAUCGCCCCAAUUAUCCACAAAGUGGCCUCCUCAGCCUCCGAGGAGAUGCACACCAAAGAGGCCAUGGAAUACUUCAUCCUGCUAAUCCUGACAGACGGAGUCAUCACUGACAUGGCGGACACUCGGGAGGCUAUCGUGCAUGCCUCCCAUCUGCCCAUGUCUGUCAUUAUCGUUGGCGUGGGCAACGCCGACUUCACUGACAUGCAGAUCCUUGACGGUGACGAUGGGAUCCUGCGUUCCCCCAAGGGCGAGCCAGUUCUCCGGGAUAUCGUCCAGUUUGUCCCCUUCAAGGACUUCAAACAUGCCUCUCCGGCUGCUUUGGCUAAGAGUGUUCUAGCAGAAGUCCCGAACCAAGUGGUGGAUUACUACAAUGCGAAAGGAAUCAAACCUAAGUGUAUAUCGGACUACGAGUCCUCAAGAACCUUCAGCCCCUGACGAUGUAUUACAUGCAACAUAUUUCUAAUCAAACACUCAUAUAAAUAUAUAAGUUUCAGGGGUAUAAUGAUAAAUCCAGUUGACGAGAUUAGAUAAGAUGACACAUAAUCUGUUCACAACAACGAGGUGAGACAAUAUUUUGGUAAUAGUCUUGGAAAUCAAAUUUUCUGCAUAAAGCAACACUGUAUAACUUUUGGCCCAAUUAUCAGCUUAAUUAAAGGAUUUUUUUAGGUCAAUAUAAAUAUUCAGUAUAGCAUGUAUCUAACUCCAGAGGGUUGGAUCUGAUGUGAUUCAAAGCAGCGCUUUACGGCAGUCUGAGCUCUGUAUAAAUCUGAGCAUUAACAAAGAUGAAUUUUGUUGCUUAGCAACAAAGACAUACUUUUGUUUCCCUGUUGAGAGGUCAAUGCGGCCUUGUCUUUAAAGGUAACUAAGGGCGCUAAACCUGGAAGUUGCAGGUCUAGCACCCCUAGUGGCUAAUUGUUACCCAGUGUUUCUUCUUACGUUUGAAGUUAUUAUGCUUGUCUAAUUAUUUGAAGAUAUGGCACCUUGAAAAAUUAAAUUGCUUACUUUUUGUGCUUUUGCAAUUGAAUGAAAGUUUUAUUAAUCCUAAUUAGAUUUUACAGAAUCUCCAUCCGGUGUAGAAAUAUCCAUUUCUGGUUUGAAUUUUUCAAGUAUUUUAGAUUUUGAUCUAGAGAUGAAAUGUAAUCUGUAUUUUCCUUUUAUUCUCUAAGUCUCUAAGGUGCUGUCUCACAGAUUCCUACCUUGCCAUGUAUGUCCGGUAUCUAAACCUGGGUUUUACGAAGGUGUUAUUUCAUUUAAUUAAGUAGAUUUCAUGAAACAAUAAGUCCUGUCAUGCCUUUGAAGUAUGAAUGUCCUUUUUUGAUACCUUUCUGGUUUUAAUAGUAUGUACUGGGAUCAAGACUGUUGAAUUCACAGUGUAUAACUGCAAUAUGACAUAGUGGGUUAUAUUUUACAUUAAAUCAUUGUGUAGUUGUGAGGUGUUUUUAAAUUCAAAGAUCAACCCUUAGGGAAAUAAAUAACAAUUCUCUAUAGGUGACCAAAGGUGGCCAGAUAAAAAUUAGCUGCAAUAAUGAGAAAAUAGUCUUGUAUAGUAUUUUGCAUCAUUAAUAUUAUGUUAUUUUUUUCAAUAUGUGCUUACAGAUACAGAGCUACAAGUGCUCUGAAGGUGGCAUACAAUUACUCCAUACAAGGCAUGUUAGAGCUGUUGGUAUCAUGCUUCAUGAUUAUUUGACAUAUCUAAAAAAGUUUGGCUUCGCUGGUAAUCAAGUAAUUUAGUCUGUAGAAUUACAUGUCUAACAAUGCCCGAUUAGAGCAAUAUUAGGCUCUGGCAGCUCAUCCUUCUGUGCCAUGAAAACACAAGGCAAUAAACCUAUACUGUAACUGGGGUAUGAAGUUUAGGUCCAGUAGGAACCUGUGAAGCAGACGCUAAAUGGGCAUCGUUAGUGGCAGUUAGCCAGAUGGGGUAUAGCGACACUGCUUUAAGAACUUGUUUGAAUCUUGUCUCUUAUUGUUCUUAUGUUCUUUUGUGGAGCUAAAACCCUUUGAGAGAAGUUAUGUCAUCAAUGGUCUGGGACCAAACAUUUCAGGCAAGCCUGCCAAGCAACCUUUUUGUUAAAACAUCAGUUCAUAACAACAACUACUUCCUGUCUUACUUCUAACCAAUACUCUCAAAUAUAGACAUCACAGGGUUUCAAACUUAAAGCGCUUUUGGACAUAUCCAGGGCUCCUGAUAUUGGCUCACAUUUACAAGAUCAUAGAAAAGCACUAUGAGAAGCUAGCUUCUGUUUGAUGUAAAAUAUGUCAUGUUUUUAUUCAGCUGGGAACUGAAAAGGGCAUUGAUAAAAUGUCUUAGUAAACAGGAACAGGUUGCAAGCAUCAAGGUGAGAACAAGAGAGGAGUAACUUAAUGAGGAUUUAUACAGGUGAAUUUGGAAAACUGAAUACUAUACAGGGGUGUAAAUCAAAGAUAAAGUACAACCCUGGGGUUGCAUAAAGUGAGUGAAUGGUUGCUUGUUUCUGUGUUGCCCUGUAAUGGACUGGCGUCCUGUCCAGGGUGUACCCCACCUCUCACCCGUAGACAGCUGGAGAUAGACACCAGCACCCCUAGCAACCCCGCUUGGGAUAAAGCAUGAUGGGAAAUGGAUGGAUGGGAAAUGAUUAACAAAACAAACCAUGCAUCCACAAAAAUUACUGAACUAGAGUCAAGGUCCAACAAAUCAUGAUGUUUUGAUGUUGCAAGAUUUCGUGACAAGAUAGUCUUACACCCCUGAUAAGUUAUAUAAAAUGCAUCUAAAUAUUGUAUAGUAUAUAUACAUGCCUAAAAGCACAAAAAACAUGAACAAAUACAUAUACACAACAAUACAACAUAUGGUAGUCUAGCUCAGAGCAUUAGCUUGUCAUGGUAAAGCAGUUUUAACUACUUUGUAAUCGACUAUUGCAUGUUUGGCCACAAUGGCAUCACCUGGGAAACUAUUGCUAUAUAUUGUAUAUUUGAAAUGUAUUUGUAGAAAUAUUAACAGUAUUCAGAAUGGGCAUGCAUAGUUUGACUAUUUUCCAACUGAUAGAAAUGACACUUUUACCUUAUUUAUAUAACUAGCAAGUAUACAAACCUAAAGAUCCCACAAUAUUUGUGGGGAAAACUGAAUAUAAGCCUGAAACCCCGCCCCCUCAUCCUUAAUAUUAGCAUUUCAAAUGUUAUUUAUGGAGCAGGGUGCAUUCGAUUUAGUGUACUGCAUGAAAGCAUGCAUAAUUCAGCUCCCGCUAAUAUCCAAUCUCGAGUAGCCCCUUGCUAGUUAUGAAAUAAAGUAUCUCUGUCAUUUAUGUGAAGCAGUGGGGUAUUCUUGGGCAUUUGGGGGUUCUUUUUCUACAGAUUUGCUUGUGAUUUUGCUAAAUGGGAAUUAAUAACUAAUUAAUAGUUGUAAUAAUUUCUUAAUAACCUUCUUACAUUGUAAAGAGUUUUGGGAUGGUAGACAACUGUGUGUUAUAGACUCUCAUUUGUGAGCUGGAAAUUGUUUCUUUCCUCUGUAUCCUGCAUGUUGAUAAUAAUAAAGAUGC